GUGGCCGCUGCCCUGGCUAGGGUCCGUGAUUGCACCGGGGCGGAAGUAAGAACCGGAGUGAUCCGGUCUUCCGCUUCGGGGCUGGGCUCUGUAUGGGCCCAGUGUCCCCUCGUGGCAGCGAGAAAGGCCGCCGACUGCAGGCGGACCCGCGUCGGCUGGACUUCGGCCCGUGUCGUAGCCUUGGAGGCACGGCGCCUCGAGUGCUUC